AUGGCCACUGCGGGGUGGCCGCAGUCGGCCGUAAGCGGGCUGGGACGGGCGCUGGGUGACUGGACCCGGGCACACGACGGGGUGAGGCAAACAGGGCGACAGCGGGGCGCCGGCGGCCACAUCGACGAGCGGCCGCAGCCGCAGGGGAGGGGGCAGCGGCAGGGCGAGGCCACGGGCUUCGGCCGGCAGCAGGGGACGGGCUGCGCAGCCGCGGCGAGGCCUGCGCGGUCGGAGCAGCGAGGGGAGCAGGGCGGCGCCCGUACGUGCCGCGGCAAGGUAGGCGACCGACGGUGCGGAGCUCGGACGGCACUAGCAGCGAGCGGGAGGCAGCGGGCGAAUGGACGCGGCGUGCAAGGUCGGGGUGCGGUGUCGCGAGGGAAGGCGGAGGUCGGGUCGGGCGCCGUGCCCGCGGCUAACGACACGCGAGGGCAGAGGGCAGAGGGGGAGGCCGAGCCUCACCAACAUUACAGGGAAAAUGGCAGUGAGCUCGGGGAGGUGGACGGGGACGACGGCGAGCAAUGA